AAUGGAACAGCUCAUACCUGCCUGAUAUGAUGUGAAAACAUUCAAUAACAAAGUAAUCACAAGGCAUAGUGACUGGUGGAAACAAAGCGGAUGAUUGAAAUCAUAACGGUAGAAAUACUGAAAAAUGCCGCCUAAAAACGAUCCAGAAACGCUAGCCCUGAAGAAGGAACUGGAGGAGCUUUAUAAGAAAUUACAGGAUGACCAGAAGAAACUUGAAGACACCACCCUCGAAAAGGCUUGCGAAGGAGUUUCACCAGCUCCAAGAGUGAAACUUAUCACUCGAAAGUUGAUGAAAGGUCACUUGAAUAAGGUAAACUCCGUCCAUUACAGCGGAGACAACAGGCACUGCGUGACUGGAUCUCUAGAUGGAAAACUAAUCAUUUGGGAUACUUAUACGGGAAACAAAAUGCAAAUCAUACCGCUCAGAUCGGCUUGGGUCAUGAGCGUUGCUUUCGCUAAUUCUGGAAACUAUGUAGGUAUGUGCGAAAAAGGGGUUUAUUUCCGAGGAAAAUAAUCUCUGAAAAUUAU